AGGUUUUUCUCCAGACAUGUGAAAUCGAAUAUCGCUGUAUUUACAAAACAAUGGAAAGGAUUUUAAUCAAUCAUCGGUCGAUGGAUUGUUUUCAAGAUGGCAGAUGUCGGUACUAAACAAAUGUCUCAAAAAAGUGCAAAAAUUGCAGCCGGAGCAGUGGUGUGUGUUGAAAGUGAAAUACGGGGAGACGUUACCAUAGGUCCACGAACAGUGGUCCAUCCGAAGGCUCGGAUUAUAGCCGAGGCGGGGCCCAUUGUGAUCGGAGAGGGCAACCUCAUCGAGGAGCAGGCCCUUAUCUUCAACAGUCACCCUGAAAACAUCCUACCUGACACAGAAGGAGUAGAGCCCAAGACCAUGACAAUCGGAACCAAUAAUGUUUUUGAAGUUGGGUGCGUGUCCCAGGCCUUGAAAAUUGGGGAUAACAACGUCAUUGAAUCCAAAGCUGACCUAGGCCGCAACGUCAUUCUCACCAGCGGCUGCAUCAUCGGAGCCUGUUGCCAGGUGAACACGUGUGAGGUCAUCCCCGAGAACACGGUCAUCUACGGUUCGGGGUGCAUGCGCCGGGUCCAGACGGAGAGGCCGCAGCCACAGACACUCCAGCUAGAUUUCCUAAUGAAGAUUCUGCCCAAUUACCAUCAUCUAAAGAAGACUAUCAAAGGAAGCUCCACACCUGCCAAAAACUGACUGCAUUCGACUGAUUAAUUUCUAUAAACUUAACCUGAAACACUCAGACCACGUAAGCAAAAAGCACUCUGCCAGCUGGAUGGAGAGGAACAAGUUUGGCCCGGCUUCAGAACGGUUCCUGUAAAAAAAUGUCUGUCAUUAAUUUUUAAACCAUAAGUCUGCUCAUCUAUGGCGAAUGUUAAUUUAUCAUUGUGCAAAAAUGCUUUGCUGUAAUUAUGUCGGUUGUUAAAAUAGUCAAUAAAAGGCUAAAAUAA